AUGGCGCUCUUGCUUGACGACGAGGAGGUCUUUGUAGGGACCGCGAAUGCCCCUCCACAGCCGGCGCAACCGGGGGCGCGUAUCGUCUUGGACAGCGCAUCAGAGACGACUGACUUCACGCCACUUUGCGCCGCUGCGCCGUCGAGCAAAACCGCCACGAGCGCGCCGUCGACAGCGGCGGCGACCCGACACCGUGAGCGCUCACCUGUUUCUGCCGGCGCACUCGUCACCCUGCCUCUGAGGGGCGGUGAUGGCAUGGAAAAGAUGGAGGCGCUGUUGUGCGGCAAGACGAAGGUCGCUCUCGUCCGCAACGGCAGCGUCGUCGGCCUCAAGCGUUCAGCAGAUGAGGCCGUUGGGGCGGCCGUUUUCCGAACACCGGUGGCGCAGAGGACAUCGCUAGCACGGCUCUGCGACGGCCGCAUCGACGCCAGCAGCACGCAGCCGAAGAUCGUCUCUGCAGCGCGGUCCCUCUCUUCCCCAUCGCCGCAGCAAGAGCUGCCGUCGACCAUGUCGUUGGAAACCGUGCUGACGACACCCCAUGAAAGGUCCUCGCAGGCGGUCGUCUCGACUUCACCGGAGCAUCCGUGUGGUUCACCGUUUGCCUCCCCGCCAGCGCGUCCUACGCCGACGUUGUCUGCUUCGGCUCGCGAGGAAACUGUUGUCCAGACUCCACCCUCUUCCGUCGCAACGCAGCCUGCCAAGAUGCAGAUGAAGCUGUCGGACUUCUUCUCCAAGAUGGCGUGCAAGCGGUGA